UGAACAACUUGUUUUUCGACUGGUUUUUUCUUUGCGGAUAGACACCUUUUAUUGGAAGAGACUGUACCUGAAAUCAAGUCUUUCCUUUCGUUGUAUUUGUGUUUCCCUUACUCUGAGUGUUUUGGUGGAUUUGCAGAAAUAGGGAAUAAUUGGUUUUUCGCUAGUGACGCGCGAAACAUAACCUCACUUUUUGAUUUUUCUUCCCGCAUUUACACGGGAUUUAAGGUCUAUUUUACAUUCUUCUGGUUGGAAUAUACGCCUAUUUCUGGACUUGCUGUACUAAUACCUAGUGAUGGAUAAUUUGGAGGAUUGGGGGCAGCCUCCUCAUCCCCUCGUUGAGCCGCAACCACUCUUGGACGAUCAUCAUCCCCUGAGUAAGAACAAGAGGAAAGCCAGGAUGGAUCAAGGUAAGCCCUACUCCUCCACUAGAACCCGGUCUAAGGAGCGCAGAGUUUCUUCGCCUUCUUGUGUGGACUCCCUCCCAACCUUGCCUGGGAUGUUAAUACUCUCAGCCAAGCCUGGCACUACACCCUCGUCCACCAAGUGCAGUUCAACAGACUCUUUGGGGGCACGGGAGAAAGAUGAGAAUGCCCUUACCAUUGGCCAAGCCAUACAACAACAGCAUGACCAAAUUAGACAAAUGUCUAGUUCCUCCACCUUUACUGACUCCCUAACUUCUUUACGACUACCUGAUCAACCAUUGAUGGAUUCUACUCAGGCCCCAUGUCAGGAUGCCCAGCCCCGCUCUCAGCAGUUUCCUUCCCAGCAAUCACCACCACGUGAUGAAGCUGCUGCCGUGCCUCUAUCCGAUGUACCAGAUGUUCGCCCUCAGCCCAGGGAAUAUUUUUAUGACGGCCAACAGACUGGUCCCUAUAUGGUCUAUGUUGACUCCUUUUUAAGAGGUGAGACUCGGAAAUCUAUGAAUGUCCUAGAUCUCGCAAGAGAGAUCAAGCUCUUAGAGACACCUAAUAUUUUGGAGAUACCGGAAACGAGGUUUUUCCCCAGAAUAUUGGCUCACUUUGUGUCCUCGAUGGGCAUUAUGUUUCCCGUGAAUCCCAAAUAUACAAUUGAGGAGCUAAAGCUGAACGCUACACCGGACAUUCCGAUUCUGGACAUGUUUCGGAUCACCUGCAAGGACAGGAAUACUGGUGAGAGGGUACCUACCCAUACAGUUAAGGUGCUGUUCAAGAGGCCUGUUGUCGGUAAACAGAUAGCCUUUUGGACCUGAUGGAUUGAUGAAAGUUGUACCAUAUGUGCCGUUUGCCCAGUGCUACAGAUGCUUCCGUUUUAACCACUUCCAGCAACAUUGCACACAAUCACAGGGCAAUUGCCGGGACUGCUACCUGAGACAUCAGGAGGGCGGUUGUUUGGGUAAGAUUACGUGCUGGAAUUGUGGCGGGGACCACCCUCCCACUGAUAAAUCUUGUCCGGCGAGGACCAGGGCUUAUAAGAUUAAGGAGACGAUGACAGUCGAGAAUUUGUCACUUCUGGAGACGAAGUCCAAAUACGCGAUUCUCUUUGAGAACCGUUUAAAUAUUUUGGAUCGAGAUGUAGAUGCCUCAUUUCCCCCCUUACCUGUCCCCAGGGGGCCGCGGCGAUGACAAAGUUCGAAGAAGUGCGGAAACCCCUCAGCGGCCAAGAGCCUUCAUGACUACAUUCCCUUCUCUAAGGCGGUCAAGUACAACCCCAAUAGGGGAGAAUGCCAGACGCACCAUUGCUGAGCAGGGUAAGGUUCUUAAGGAGCCUGUGUACGUUGCCCCCAAUGGCUCUGCCCUCUCUAUCCUCGUGGAUAGAAGGGUACCGGAUGCAGAGCGGGUGCUCACAGAAUUGGCGAGGAAGCUUUCGAAUUCUCUCCUUUCCCGUUCAUUGGACGCUGAAAGCCGAGAAUUUUUUAUUGGUAUGCGAGAUGAUAUAAAUAGUGAAUUAGUCAAGAUGGACCUCAAUCGGAUCAGGGUUGGUAAUGACCCGAUGGCGAUUUCUACCACGCAGCAUCUGUAAUUUUAUCGUACCACUCUUCAAGUAGUUUUCCGUUUCAUUUAUUCUAUCUUCGUUUAUCUUUCUAUGAUUCCUUUUCCU